UUCACUACAAUUGUGCCUCUCUAAAGCUCUUCCUCUCGAAACGUAAUACAACCAUGAAGUUCUCAAAUCUUUUUAUUGUACUAGUUCUUUUCAUGGCUCUAUUGCUAAAUCUAGCAUCACCAUUGCCACUACAAGCUCAUGAAGAAGAUGAUGAAGGAGAAGGUGUUGAAAUAACCCUAGAUGAUGAAGAAGUUUCUUCUUCUUAUGAACAUGGUUUUGGUCGUUUUCUUGGACAAAGGAGAUUGAUUAGGCAUCGAGGACGGCCGAUGAAAUGUAACAAAUUCCCAAGGAUAUGCGGUGGAAAGGGAAGUCCAGGGCCACAUUGCUGCAAGAAGAGGUGUGUGAAUGUGUUGAGAGAUAGCGCUAAUUGUGGGAGGUGUGGGAAGAAGUGCAAGUACAAUGAGGUUUGCUGUGAUGGAAAAUGUGUUAAUCCUUCUUUCAAUAGGAGGCAUUGUGGAGGAUGCAAUAAUAUGUGUAGCAAUGGAGGGUUUUGUGCUUUUGGCCUUUGCAAUUAUGCAUAGAAAAAAAAGAGAGGGCUAGAUUGGCGGUUCCAAUUUAGAGCUGGUCCAGUUGUCCGGUAGACAUAUUGAGUUAAUUAGGAAAUUCUUGGUUAUGAAAA